UGCCCCUCCAAAAUUUUCCAACAUGGACAUUCUCGAGUUCAAGUUCACAUUAUUUUCAGCCAAACGCUGCCGACAACCUUGGGACUUCCGCCAUGUCUUCGGAUCUACAUGCGCCACCUGUUCUUUCGACGCCGGCUGAAUACACCUUCGAAGACCCGACACCCUCCGCCGCUCUUAGCAAAGAAAAUCGACCAGUCAGGUCCGACGAUGAACUAUGCGCCGUCUACGAGAUUGCCCGCACCGCGGCAGAAAUUGUGAAGGAAAAUUGGUCGCGAGUCGCCCUACAGUUCCCAGAUGCUAUGCUAGCCGACGCGCCUUGGGUGGUGGAAGCGUUACAGAGAGAACUCCGAAAACUUGAAGAUUCCGUCCUUGACUCGAUCACUGGGAAAAUAGAACAGAGCGCAAGCACUCCCGAAGAUGCGCAACAAAAUCAAAAGAAAAAGAGGCGGCUAUACAUACUUGCAGAUACCUCGUAUAGCGCAUGCUGUGUCGACGAGAUUGCCGCAGAGCAUGCCGACGCCGACGCCGUUGUCCACUACGGUAGAGCUUGUUUAAGCCCGACGGCAAGGUUACCAGUGUUGCAUAUCUUCACCAGGCAAGAAUUAGACCACAAUGCUGUCGCCGAUAGCUUCGCGCAGGAGUUCACAGAUAAGGAAACCAAGGCCAUCAUCAUGGCCGAUGUCAUGUUUCAAGAACAUGUAGCGCCAGUAUGCGCCCUGCUCAAUGCCAGAGGUUAUAAGCACAUCUUCGCAACAGAAAUCAUACGCGACCCCUCGAGCACAAUACCGAAUCGCAGUGUACAGUCUCUUGACCCUAUAACCGCAGAUAAGCACGACUAUGAUCUUAACGAAUACCAUCUUUUCCACAUCUCGACGCCUCCGACUUCGUUGCUCCUUACGCUAUCUUCCCGCCUCGCCUCUCUCCGCAUAUAUCCCACACCAUCUUCUCCUUACACGACGACUACGUCAGUGCAAGACCCAAGCGCCACAUCAUCAAUGCUCCGCCGGCGGUACGCGCUCGUACUGCGACUUGCGACAGCUUCUAUUAUUGGGAUAUUAGUGAACACACUGUCAGUGAAAAACUACAUGUCCACAAUUAGCACAUUACGGGAGCAGAUCGCUGCGGCAGGCAAAAAGAGCUAUACCAUCGUUGUCGGCAAGUUGAACGCCGCCAAACUAGCAAACUUUUCCGAGAUAGACGGCUGGGUGGUUGUAGGAUGCUGGGAGAGCGGACUCGUAGAUCAGGACGGACUAUUCAAGCCCGUCAUCACACCUUUCGAAUUAGGCUUGGCUAUGCAAAGCGACGAGACUAGGAUUUGGACCGGAGAAUGGUGGGGAGGUAUCGAGGGUGUGAAAAGUGAGCCCGAUGCAGGAACGGAUUCAACAAAAACUCAACAAACAACCGAGGCAGAGGUUUCAGAAGAUAUUGAGGGAGGGAUUGAUGACGAAGAGUCGGAGCCCCCUGUUUUUGACCUGCGGACCGGCAAGCUCGUCAGCAACUCACGUCCCAUGCGCGUCGCUAUUCGGAGUGCGCCUUCGACGACAAACGGCUCGCAUUCAAAUGGCGGUGUUAUCACCACGCCUCAAACAACAGGUUCUGCCAUGGUGAAGAGGGGCACUGGGGAGAUAGCCCUCGUCAAUGGCGUUGCGAGCCCUGGCGCAGAAUAUCUACGAUCGAAGCGAACAUGGCAGGGCCUAGGUAGUGAUUUCAACCCCGGCGAGGACGAAGACAGCACCGUUAUCGAGGAAGGACGCAGCGGCGUUGCAAGGGGGUAUACAGUAGGGGAAGAACAGGGCAGAAGCUGAGACACGAUUACAGAUCGGUCAAACAUUGCUUAAAAAAAACAAGUGAUUCCCUAUAUCAGGGGAUGCGGCUUCGAACUCCCUAUACAAAUCAGGACAUGUGUAGCUUUACAUGGCCGAUUAGUGAGAGCGAUGAGCGAGCCAACUGGCGAGGAGUCAAGUCCAACUCUAGCCACAGCCUGAGGAGUAUCAAGGCCAAGACUCAUUUCGGGCUACCUAGGUCUAAUAUCAAUCUGAAUUCAGCGCGACUGAUGAGUGCUAUAUAAGACCUAGCUAUCGGCGACGUUGGACAUGUGGCAUGAGAUACCGAUCAAAGCAAACCCAUAGAUCCCACACGGGCAGAGUCCACUUUACUUGUUCAUACUCGCGUGGAAUAGGCCGGGGUUAUGUUUCAAGGAAGUGAACUCGGCUGGAUUGAACGGCGUAUAUGCUAAGACAUGUGUUGCAUGGCAUAGGUGUCUAAUCUAGGUAGUUGAGAUAAUGUAUGUGUGUAUGUAGUAUAUUGAGAUCUAGAUAGACGCAACGUGAUCUCGUACAGGAUCUUAUUCUUCGCGCAUCCAAAUUGGA